AUGUCCAAGGCGGCGCUGACACUGGAGGAGGUGUCCAAGCACAACACCAAGUUUUUGGAGGAUCACCCUGGAGGUGAUGAUGUACUGUUGUCCUCGACUGCCAAGGACGCAACUGAUGACUUUGAGGAUGUCGGGCACAGCACCACCGCCCGUGCGAUGCUGGACGAGUACUAUGUCGGCGACGUGGAUACGGCUACGAUACCUGCCCGGACAAAGUACACUCCGCCGAAGCAACCACACUACAACCAAGACAAGACCCCUGAGUUCAUCAUCAAGAUCCUCCAGUUCCUGGUCCCCUUGGCCAUACUUGGUCUGGCUGUCGCCAUUAGGAUGUACACCAAGUCGGAAUCGGCUUAA